UAUAUUUCAUGAGUUGCAGCAAAUUUUUCACUGUGGCCACUUUUUUAUCAUAGAUAGCGUCAAGCUUUGAACUUGGGAACUCAUAAUGUCAGAAAGCUCCUCUAAGUCGACGUCGUUAAAACUGCCCAUAGCAUUUCUUAGGACCUAUUGUUCCACAGGAGAUCUGUAUGAAGAAAUUCUUCUAUUAAAUCUGCUCGACUCUCUCCAAAACGGGCAUCCUCAAACAAUGGUUUUGCAAGUUUGAUCGGAAAAUAAUCCAUAAGUGUGUUCCAUUUCUUCUCACCCAUAUUAUGUAUAAGAAGGGGUCUCUUAACACCAUGCCCAUCGCAUUUGGAAUAAAAACCAUCCCAAAACUCGGUGAAGAUGUCCCUUAGAAACUUAAUACCUUCACCCUUCUCAGUUUCUCCACUGGGUAAUACCCGCUCAACUAUGCAAAGGUUUUCAUCCGCAUCUAAGCUGUAGUCGUUAUUUUUGUAAUGGUCAAUCAACUCUAGUUACGUGUUCCCUUGAUGGAAUCUUACUUUCCGAGCGGUUGAAACUGAUGUGUAUGACGACAUAGCAAGAACAUGGGGGAACAUAUCGUCACAGCUGUUGUUGUAACCAAGGGUGUAUUUCUUUCGUUUGUCCGGAACGCAUCCCGAACGUCCUAUUCGCACUGUACCAAUGAAAUGCACGAGGAUAUUCCGGGUACACAUCAUGGUGGACAAUACAUUGAUUUUAUUUCUCGUCGCUGAACUGGAUGAUGACGAUGAGGAUAAUCAAAACACCUACGAUGCUGAAUCAAUUACUGCAAUAGUUGCUUCAUCAACUGCCCGCCAGGAGAAAAUUAAGAUAAGUGGAUACGUGGAUGAAGUAGUACCUCAGUACCUUUUGGAUGAUUUUAAACGUUUCUUUAGAGUGACAAGAACAACCUUUGAAACUAUUUGUGAAAAUAUUCAGAUGUAUCAAGUGCUUCUUUCAAGUUGGACAGGAGGCAGAGAGCAUAUACCUAUUUUCAAGCAACUUCUAAUCGUAUUAUGGUACGUUGCAAGCCAAGAAACACUAAACCGUAUUGCCGACAGAUUUGAUAUUGCUGAAGUUUCUGUGGUACGAUGUAGAUAUCGUGUUUUUCAUGUUUUCUUGACUUACUUAAAAACCAAAUUCAUUACGUGGCCCCAAGAAGGAGUUCACAGGCAAGAAGUUUUAGAUGGUUUUGAAAGGAAAGCUAACUUCCCAGGUGUGUAUGGUGCUAUUGACGGUACACAUAAUAAUGCAAUUACUGAUUACACUCUAAAUUCACAUUUUAAAAUUACAGUUCUGGAAAAUCUUCCUUUUUUAGAAUGUUUUACCAGAUAGACACAUACAAAAAUAAUGAACUGUGAAUUUAAAUAAAGAAUUUCUCUAUUUUAAUAGUUAUCUGUUUUAAAUUUCAAAUUGUCUAUCAUAUAAGAAGUUUGUCCAUCAUAUAAGGUGUCAGGGAAUUGAGGU